UUGUGUUUCAGGCGCGUGACACUGGUCAGCUGACAUUUUUAGUUGGGCUAAUUUUAAUUCCAUUUUUAAUUUGGCGAGUUGAAACAAACAUUAAUAAGUUAUAAUGGCUCUGCAUUCCGCAAUUAAGGGAAAAUUAAUAUCUGUCAUUGGUGACGAGGACACCUGUGUUGGAUUUCUUCUUGGCGGAGUUGGUGAAAUAAACAAGAAUCGUCAUCCCAAUUUUAUGGUAGUGGACAAAAAUACGGCUGUCAGCGAAAUUGAAGACUGUUUUAAGCGAUUCCUGAAACGCGACGACAUCGAUAUUAUCUUGAUUAACCAGACAUAUGCUGAGCUGAUUCGUCAUGUUAUCGAUGCACACACUUCGCCAGUGCCAGCUGUACUUGAGAUUCCCUCAAAGGAUCAUCCCUAUGAUGCCAGCAAGGAUUCUAUUUUGAGACGUGCACGAGGCAUGUUCAAUCCAGAAGACUUGGUACGCUGAAUCUGUAAAUAGUAACGUUUGGUAACUUUAGCGAUGUGCAAUGUUUUACAACACCCGAAACUAAAGUAUAUUUCAUAAUCCAUUAUAUGUCCUGUUAAUCUUUGUUGUUGUAUUCAUUCCAAAUAAAAUACAUAAAAUUAGUGUGAGCAACUAUUAAACGAA